GCGUUGUCAAAAUUUGCAGUUCAUACUUCAUGUCAAAAGAUGAAAAUGUACCUAAGGCUUGAUGCUGUAUUUUGUCCGUAAUACUUGUUUUUUCUUUUAAAAUAGUACCUAGGUAAACUUUACGAGAUGUUAUUGAAUACUGCUUAUGUGUGCAUUAUAUACUUACUAUCAUCAUUCAUCGUAAUUAUUGCUGGUAGAGAUUUCUACCAAAUACUCGGUGUGUCACGUUCAGCGAGCACCAAUGAAAUUAAAAAAGCUUACAGAAAAUUAGCCAAAGCCUUGCAUCCAGACAAAAAUCAAGAUGACCCGGAGGCGUCACAAAAAUUUCAAGAUCUUGGAGCAGCUUACGAGGCGUUGUCAGAUCCCGAAAAGAGGGAAAUGUACGAUAGGUGCGGGGAAGAGUGCCUCAAAAAAGACGGCAUGAUGAACAAUAACGAUCCUUUCGCGAGUUUCUUUGGAGAUUUUGGUUUUCACUUCGGUGGCGAACCUCAACAACAUGAAACUCCGAGAGGAGGUGAUGUCAUCAUGGAGCUCACUGUUUCGCUAGAAGAAUUAUACAAUGGAAACUUCAUAGAAAUAACCCGUAACAAGCCUGUAAUCAAGCCAGCAUCAGGAACAAGGAAAUGUAACUGCCGGCAAGAAAUGGUGACAAGAAACCUUGGACCUGGCCGCUUCCAAAUGAUGCAACAGACAGUCUGUGAUGAAUGUCCUAAUGUCAAACUAGUCAAUGAAGAGAGGCUUCUAGAAAUAGAGGUAGAGGUUGGUGCUCCAGACAAUUACAAGUCAAAAUUGCGAGGAGAGGGUGAACCGCACAUGGAUGGAGAGCCGGGCGAUCUGAUCAUUGUUUUCAAAACUGAAAAACAUCCUCAGUUUACACGUCGUGGUGACGAUCUCUACACUAACGUCACUAUAUCAUUACAGGAUGCUUUAGUCGGAUUUACACAAGAAAUAGUACAUUUAGACGGACAUAAAGUCAGCGUUUCACGUGACAAGGUGACAUGGUCAGGAGCACGUGUACGCAAGAAGGGUGAGGGCAUGCCCAACUUUGAAAACAAUAACCUACAUGGUAACUUGUAUGUCACAUUUGACAUUGAAUUUCCAAAGAAAGACUUUAGUGAAGAAGAAAAAGAAGCUCUAAGGAAGAUUUUGCAACAAACAUCUAAUAAUAAAGUAUACAAUGGACUUUAGUACCUUACUGCCAUUUUAAUUUAUUAUGUAGUGGAAAAGUGUGCAUGAACAAACUUUAUGUGAAAGAAUAAGUUUGUUUCGUUUGGGAGCUGUGCAAGUUUUAUAAAAUAAAAUAUUUAAUUUAA